AUGCCAUCUCCCCGACUACCCCUAGAGUUGCUUUAUGCCAUCAUCAGCCAUCUUGGUGCAGAGAAAGACUACGCCUCACUAUGUGCAUGUGCUUCAACAUGUAGAGCACUCGUUUCCCCCGCUCAGGCUCGUAUUUUCGGCUCCUUGACCUUAAGAAAGGAGUCCCGGACCAUCCCUUGGCUGGCCAAAUUGCAGUCUACACCUCAUAUUCAGACGUAUGUCAAGCAUCUGCUUUUGGCCCAGUAUCACAAGCCCUGGAUCCAGCACUCCGAGGUUCUGCAUCGCACGUUGGAACUUCUGUCCCCGUAUGUCAUCUCCCUCGAUAUCCGCCAUCAAGUAGAAAACACCCGCUUCGACUUUCCUGUGUUGUCGCAGUUAAGAUGCGUUGAGGAGAUUUCGCUGACAGAGCGGGAUCCAGAAGGUCUGGGAGAUAUUGUGAAUAGGGAUCACGCUCUCCCCACUUUCUUGAACUAUUUCCCAAAUCUCCGAGCAAUCACUUUCAACGACUGCUGGGUGCAGGUCGAAAGGGCCAGCAAAGGCGACAUUGCCGCACCAAUAUUCCGGUUGGAGAGGUUGUACAUCCACACAUGUUAUGAUGCUUCGGUGCUGGACUGGCUCGUCCCGGCUCUGUCAUCGCUGAAAACCCUUCACGUGCAGUACACGGAUCCAAACAGUAUCCCAAUUUUCAGUGACACUGCGCCCUCUCCCCCCCAGCUCGAAUCAUUGGAACAUGUAGAGGUGAGAGACUUGGAUCGUGCCUCCAAUGCAGAGCUGCGGUCGCUAAUGGCUGCAGUGGGUACGAACACCAUUAAUCUGCUCUCGAUCACCUUCAUGACCUCUGGAUCCUCAUCCGAGCAUUCCCCGGUAAAGGCGGUGGUGCAAUCCCUUCUCAUCCUCGGUGCACAUAGGCAUCUCCAGCACCUCGCCAUCGGGUUCUUUGAAGAGGACGACCCUGUAGACGGUAGCCCAUGGGAUGAGUUGCAAGACCUUCUACUUGGAGGCCGUUUCCCAGCGUUGCAAAGCGUCAAAUUUCUUUUUUCGUUGUAUUCGUCUGGAACUAAUCCUGUGGCACCUGAACAUUUCAUUCACGCCGUCCCUCGACUCGCCCUAAAGAAGAUGAUAUCUAUUUGUUACGCCUGA